ACUAUUGCGGAACUGAAUAUGACAAAAUAAAUUUCUAGUUUACAAAAUUACCAACAGCAGUUAUCAUCCAUCAUUUUCUAUUAAUGCUUUUGCGUUUGGUUUAACCUACAUUUCUGAAACGACCUGGAUACAAGAGGAUAUCGGAGCACGAUAAGCUGGGCCAAUGGCUGUAACGAUGGAAUUGGUGGAGAGCGCGUCAGACUCAAAAUUGCACAAAAAUAGCGCAGCCAAGAAAGAGCUGCGCCCGUCGAGUGCUAUUUCGCUCUCCAAGUCUGAACAUGGUCCAGAAAUCACAAAUUCCACUGAACAACUGAGACAGUACAAGAGCUGGGUAAGCAAUGAACGAUGGAAUGAGUUGCGGAAGAUAGCAGAUAACGCCAUGAAGGAACGAAAAGUGUUCAUGAUCAAGGGCGGCGGAUUCCCUGCCAUACGUAGAGCUCUCCUAGAAAGGGGCUGGAUUGAAAAAUAUGAGUCCCAUAAGGUUCGUCAUCCACCCACAAACGUAGACCCGUUGAGAGUAAGCGGAAAAGAGCUUUCCAAAGUCGAAAGAAUGAUCCUGUACAAAUUCAUGGAACACCAUUCGGUCGACUUUCUCUGGACGACGAAGAGAGACAAAUAUGACUGGUUGCUUAGUAACAAGGAUGUCAUUAUAAGCAGAUUUUGCAGAUCGAUUUUCACAACCAAAGAAGGCUUGACUGCUUCACUGACUCAAAUGCACUGGUAUACGGAACCGGGUGUAGCACUUACAAAAUUUCCGCGUUGCUACAAUAUCUACAAUUCGGAUAGCCUCGAGGAGUUUGUCGAUGAUUUUCGAAUCACGGCUUGCAUCAGCAUCCUAAAAUGGCUAUCUAACACGUUGCAAAGCAACGGUGAACAAAGUCUCGUUUCAAACCAAGGCAAGGUUCCUUUUACAGCAAUAGAGUUCGCUAUAUGCAGAUUAAACGAAUACGUUUCGUUUUUUACUCAUAAGGACAUAGACGACUCUGAGGAUCAAACACAUGUGUGGGAACACGAAUGGGAUCAAUUUUUGACACAUCAUUAUUUAUUGGUGCACGAGAAAGCUAAGUUUAUGGAGGACAAAAAUAUAAAUAUAAGGCAAUUGGAAAAAAAAGCAGCCAAAGUGUUAGCUACGAUGACGAAAUUCUGGCCUCAAAUCGAUAUCGACGGAGUUCUAAACAUAUGGAUCGUGAAGCCGAGCAACAAGUGCCGCGGCCGUGGCAUCCAGCUCAUGAACAAUAUAAAAGACAUUAUAGGUCUUAUUAACGUACCUGCUCAAAAAACCAGAUACGUCGUACAGAAAUAUAUUGAAAAUCCACUUGUGAUAUAUGAUACGAAAUUUGAUAUACGCCAAUGGUUUCUUAUAACGAAUUGUCAGCCUCUUACAAUUUGGGUUUACAAAGACAGUUAUUUGAGGUUCAGCUCUCAAAUAUUCAGUUUAUCAAAUUACCACGAGUCCGUACAUCUCACAAACAACGCAGUACAAACCAAAUAUAAAAAUAACGGUGAACGUGAUAAAGCACUGCCUGAUGAAAAUAUGUGGGAUUGUCACACAUUCAAAGCAUAUCUCAGACAGAUAGGAAAGUAUGAAAUGUGGGAUACAAAAAUCUAUCCUGGGAUGAAACAGUGCUUAAUAGGAGCCAUGCUAGCCUGUCAGGAAGGCAUGGACAAGAGGCAAAACAGCUUCGAGCUGUAUGGAGCUGACUUCAUGCUAACAGAAGACUUCACACCGUGGCUUAUUGAGAUUAACUCAAGUCCUGACCUGGCUCCAACAACUUCAGUCACGGCACGAUUAUGUCCUCAGUGUCUGGAAGAUGUUGUAAAAGUCGUACUCGAUCGCCGACAAAAUCCUGACGCUGACACAGGAAUAUUUGAAUUAGCCUAUAGACAAACAAUUCCAAAAGCGCCGGCCUAUUUAGGAUUAUCUUUAUGUAUAAAUGGCAAGAAACUAAUUAGGAAGACGAAAGAACGCAGACAUGAACCGAGAAUAUGUAGUACCCCACUCGCACCUCAACUGCCAUCAGGUGACACUGUUCCCGAAGAUCAACCAGUUCCAGCCGAAUACAGUGGACCCAUCAUCUCUGACUUCCUUACAUGGUUGAACCCUUACAAUGCAUUGCCAACCAAUAAAGACGGCCUUAUUUUAGGACCGAAGGAUUCACUUACGGUACGCCAAGCGAUUACAGUAGUAAAAUCCGGUCUUUCGCUAAAAUCCGGUUCAAAAAAACGUAAAACAUCCGCACUCUCUUUUAGGACACAUCGAGGAAAACGAGAAAGAAAUACAGAUUGUAGGCGCCGUGUCGUCCCACAUUCGUGCUAUCGACCUGACGAGGAGCAACCCGAAAAUCAUACUCGUAAAUAUCGGACCGAAUCAGCUAAUAAAGCAGAGAAACCUAAGGUAGAAAGAUCGGUCGGCAAUAAAAGGUGCUAUAUAGACCCCAUAGAAUGGGAAAGAGAGACAGCUAGUAUUCUCAGAUCGACAAUAUCUGUUCAAAAUAAAAUAGCGAAUAGAAACGAUAACAGUAUUGCUCCGCUACGACAAACUAAAUCAGGUAUAUUAGGCUAUCACCAGAAACCUUUGGGAUCAUACAAUUCGCGAAAGGGCUUAAACGAUACGGAUGCUAUAAAAAAAUUGAGUGCAAUCGGUAGGAACAUUUGCAAACUGAGAGAUGAACAUAAAGCUCAACAAAAGGGUAUUACUGUUUCAAAAAGUUGUUCAUCUAUUUAUGCGCCAUAUCGUGUUGUAGUAACACCUUUAAAUGACGAGUCUCAGAAUCUACAAAAUUCGUUAAUGAAACGUAAAAAAUAAUCGAGGUACUUAAAAUCUUGUCCCAAAAAUGUUGGUGUUCAAUUAUAUGUUAACGCUUCUUAUAAACUAUACUGUGAUUCCAUAUUAGAAUAUAUGUUUUGUCGAUAGUAUAUAAUCUCAAGGAGCUAUUAAAGUACUAAAAAUUUCCUAUAAUAAUUACUUAAAAAAUUGACACGGUUUAUUUGAAUAUUUACUAGUUUAAACUACAUAUCUAAUCGUUAUUUAUGAUAACAUAAAUAUUGUCGAUAAAUU